AUGUCUGGACGUGGUAAAGGAGGCAAGGGUCUCGGAAAGGGAGGCGCCAAGCGUCAUCGCAAGGUCCUUCGCGACAAUAUCCAGGGAAUUACCAAGCCCGCUAUCCGCCGUCUGGCCCGUCGUGGUGGUGUGAAACGUAUCUCUGGUCUGAUUUACGAAGAGACCCGUGGAGUCCUCAAGGUCUUCCUCGAGAACGUCAUUCGUGAUUCCGUCACCUAUACCGAGCACGCCCGUCGUAAGACCGUCACCGCCAUGGACGUCGUGUACGCCCUGAAGCGUCAGGGAAAGACUCUCUACGGAUUCGGAGGUUAA